UUUUUGAAGGAAGGUACGUUUCGUAGUUAUUCUCCUUUUCUACUAUUGCUGAGUAAAGCUUGUGAUUACAGAUAAAGAACACAUAUAUGCUCUCCAUCGAUUGCUGCCGUUAUAGUCGCUAUCAGUGCAGCCAGGAAUACAAUCAUCACUUCGAGCAUCUACCAUGAUGGCAGCUUCGAACAACGGAACGUUCAGCUACACACGACCUUCUGACGCUUCAUCAACACCGUCUUACGUGGUGCUGCCAUCUGCUUCUUCAACCACCUCGUUCAAAAUCCUACGCUGCUUGAAGUGCGCAAAAUUGGUGGAAGCAACUUCUACAGAUGACCUUGAAUCCCUCGGAAUGAUCCAGAUAGGAUACAAUCUUCACUACUGUAAAAGAUGUGCUGAUAUAGUUGGUUAUACGUCAUUAUCUGAGUUAGAGGGCGUGGGUAGAUGACUUUUGCUCGACAAUGGUAACUAAAGCUCGUCGCUAUAGUUCACCUAGUGCGUGAGAGAACAAAUGCUGUGUCUAAAGGGUCAACGGGUAUCAGCUUUGAUAGAAACAGUAUGGAAGGCCAUCAAUUCAUUAGCCCAAGUUUCUUGACUUGAUAGAAAUUUUCAUCCCUCAUUUGAUUAAAACUUCG